GCACGCCUGUCAAAUGUGGUCAACCUGAGCAGUAUGGUUGUUUUCUGAGUAUGGAGGAGAAUGGAGGACGGUGCAAAUAAUGAUGAUGCUGGUGACCCAGCAAAUACAGAAAAUUCCAUUUGUGCUGGAUGCCUAAAUGUUCUUGAUGAAGAUGAAGUUAUUCAGGCAUUAAACCAAGAGUGGCAUGUUGAGUGCUUUCGCUGUUCAGCAUGUGAUGCAGCACUCUCCAGUUGGUAUUUUGAGAAAGAUGGGCUGCUAUUUUGCAAGGAUGACUACUAUGCAAAAUAUGUGGAGUCAUGUCAGGAUUGUGGACAGGUGAUUACUGGACCUGUAAUGGUUGCUGGUGAUCACAAAUUUCACCCAGAAUGCUUUUGCUGUACAUCAUGUGGAAGUUUCAUUGGCGAUGGAGAGUCAUAUGCACUUGUGGAGCGCUCCAAGCUCUAUUGUGGUCAGUGCUACAAACGCCAGAUGCAACCUCUUACAAAGACUGUUGGUGGUAUGUCAAAUGCACGAAAACCGCAUUCGAUACGCCUGGUAGAGAUACCACCUUUGAAUGAUGGACAGCGAAGUAUUAAACUUAGUGCAGAAGGAGGUCGUGGUAUUCCAGUUGUUCAUUCUGAACCAUAUGGGUGCCGUGGAUUACGGAUCUCAGAGAUACUGAGUAUAGUUCAUGGCAAAGUUGGCAAGUUGGCUGUAUCACUUCUUGAGGCAGCCUUUAGAUUAUGCUGCCAUCUAUCACGUUAUAGGCUGGACAUGAGCAGUGAUUUGAUGUCCCUUCACAUUGGAGAUAGAAUAUUGGAAGUAAAUGGAACUCCAGUGAAGGACCAGCCAAUUGAAAAUAUAGAAAACCUGAUUCGUUAUUCAGACACUGUGCUCCAGCUGACAAUAGAACAUGACCCAGAUGCUUCUUGCCGACGCCGUCCAAGUGUAGCUGCCUCGCCACCUUCUUCACGUCCUCCAGAUGGACGCCUUUACAGACGUAAAGAUGAGGGUUACAUGAGUGGAUCCAGAUCUCGUGCACUGCGGCGUAGCCGGGGGAGUGGUAGUAGCAGUAGCAAGGAACGAUCCUCAUCAAUGUCAAGACUGCUUGAAGGCAGUUCACCACCAUCUGGCCGUGAAAGCUGUGAUCUGUCACGAACUCGAUCAUUUCGUGUGGAACCCAAAAGUCAGCGCAUUUUCCGUGCCUCUGAUUUAGUGAAGGGUGAAUUAUUGGGGAAAGGAUUCUUUGGCCAAGUGUACAAAGUUACCCACCGUGCAACAAAUGAAGUCAUGGUACUGAAAGAAUUGUACAGAGUGGAUGAAGAUGCACAGAAGAAUUUCCUCAAAGAGGUGGCGGUACUUCGUAGUCUGCAUCAUCAUAAUGUGCUGCGCUUCAUUGGAGUGUUGUACAAAGACAAGCGUUUGCACCUGGUCACUGAAUUCAUCUCAGGGGGCACGCUACGAGAGCUAUUGCAUGACAUAUCUGAACCAUUACCAUGGGAACAGAGAGCAUCAUUUGCAAAGGACAUUGCUGCUGGCAUGGCGUACUUGCAUUCCAUGAACAUCAUCCACCGUGAUUUAAACUCUCACAACUGCCUUGUUAGAGAGGACAAGACGGUUGUUGUGGCUGAUUUUGGGCUAGCACGUAUAAUCUCCCAGAAUCCUGUGGGUGUGAGUGCUGCAGAUCGAAGGCGUUAUGGAAAACGAGGAACUGGUCCAGGAAGCAGACGCUGUGAAAGGAAAAAACGUUACACAGUUGUAGGAAACCCUUACUGGAUGGCACCAGAAAUGAUGAAGGGCAACAAAUAUGAUGAAAAAGUUGAUAUAUUUUCCUUUGGGAUUGUGCUAUGUGAGAUAAUUGGUAGAGUUCAUGCUGAUCCAGACUACUUGCCACGCUCAUCAGACUUCGGCCUGAAUCAAAAGGUGUUCCGUGAGAAGUUCUGCUGCAGUUGCCCUGAACCUUUCUAUCGGGUAGCCUUCCUUUGCUGUGAUCUCAACCCAGAUAAAAGGCCUCCAUUUGAGGUUAUGGAGGUUUGGUUGGAAGGACUAGCUAUGCACCUUUCAGUAGAUAAACCACUGCCAAAGGAUCUCGAGUUUGAUAUAUUUAAUUAUACGGGUCGGAGUCCUAGCUCGUCUGAGUCAACAACACCAGAAGCACUUACCCCAUCAGCAAAUCAGCCUCCACUUCAACCUAUAGAGGAGGGCCGUUGCCAGAUACCGCUUCCAACACCAGUGCGCUCACCUUCACCUGUAGAGAGUACAGCAUUGUGAGGCGCAGUUCUCCAUUGCCUGAAUCCGAUACAGUAUUCUCACUCUAUGUUUGUCUAAGUGGUGCAUUUUUUCCCUGCCGUAAAGUGGCUGCUGUUUCUCAGCAAAGUCAUGAAAGCUUUAAAGUAUAAUAUUAAAUUCUUAUGACGUAGAUUCUUGUUGCAUCUCAUAGAGAAUCUAUAAACUGUUAGUAAACUGUUUCAGAAUUGCAGCCUGGCAUUUGGCUGUAUUUGUUAAAUUAUACUUGUAUUAUCCUUACAAGUAAGAGAUUCCUCUUUUUGGAUGGUACUUCCAUAAUUUCCUUGCCUUUUGAAAUAUUCUGAAAAGCAAUAAGACUGAUUUGCUAUUUUUACCUGCAAGCAGUUUUAGAAUGACAUUUGCUAUGUCUUUUUGUAGCUGGUUUGACAACAAUAUAAAAUGUUGAGAGGAAUAAUUUUCUAUGUAGGCAUAAUUCAUUGUAGAAUGGCAUUUUUAUAAAUAUCAUUCCAAAAUAUUUUUUUUUAGAAAACAAAAUUUUAUGGCUUUUCUACUACUGUUAUUACUACUAUUACCAGCAUGGGUAAUAUCCUUCUCCCAACAUAACAUGUUGUAUGUUGAUCCAUAACAGGUCAUGGCUACUUUUAGUAUGUUUAAUAAUUAUUCCUGUUUCUGGAACAUUUGAAUGUUUAAGUGAUCAGAUUAUAACUAUAAUAGCUAGCAUGUUUUUCUGUACUCAAUUACAUUUUAAAACAUUUCAUCAUUUUGGUUCUGUGAUAAAGUUUAUAAAAUAAUGGAUGAAUUAAUACAUGCAACAGCAGCCUGUCAUACGAAGUAUUAGCCAAAGUUGGAUCAUUUUUGUCAGUCUGAAGAAUUCUUUCUUUAUAAUGUAAAUGUACAGCAGAUGUUUUUGUAAUCUAUACUGUUCUGAUAUGUUUGUUGUUCUUACUAGUCUUGUGCAUUAGAUUACAUAACUCCUUGUGCUGUUUAAAGCUUUUUAUUGAUUCUUUAAUUUCUCGUGCCAUUGAGGCACCAAUGCUAAUUUUAUUUUGUGCUCUACCAGGUCGUCAUGUGACAUGCCCCAAGUUAACUUAUUUUCAUUGAAUUCUUUGCACUUCAUUCUUAGCUGACAUUAGUUUUAUUUUCAGAGCUUAUAUGGUGUCUAAAUGUUUGUGUCCUGCAGAUGUGUGUGUGGUUAUUUUUUUUUUUUUUAAUGCCAGAUUAAUCAUUGCGUGUAUGGGUAUUAUUUUGAAUUUUGUCUCAUACUUACACAUCACUUUACACUACUUCAUGAAGCCAGCUGUCUGCUGCUCUUGUCCAAAAAGUAAUGUCAUGUGGUCUUUCAUAGUAUAAUAGCUCAACCAUUGUUUGGCAACCAUUGUGGUCCUUCUGAAUUUCUGUAUAAGGUGCAAGAUGGUGAUUUCAACUAUCAGAUAAAGACUGUUGGUUUGAAAUGUCAUUUUGGUUUUGCUAGUUUAGCAAAUGUCUACAUACACUUCAGUAUUUCUCCAGCAGCUAUAUACUUCAAUUGGAAACUGUAAUUCAGAGGAGGGGAUGGUGGUUAUUCCAUUGUACAAUAAGACUUAUCAUAAGGAAUUUGUAUAUUAAAGGAAACUUAUGUGUAGAUAAUUUAAUCAUGGAUUUAAAAAAAAGGAUAUGUAUGUGAUUGCAUCAAAGAAAGAGUGUUAGAACAGAUCAUUUUGAAAAGAAAUAGGUAAUGAUCCAACCUCAAGAUUUAAUCAUCAUCUGUACUUGAAGUACUAUUAUAGUAAAUGCUUCUGUAUAAUUACACGUAAAUUUCUAAGGAAACUCAUUGAAGAUCUUAUGGCAUUUAUACUUCAUUUACAUUUACACGAGAGUACUAUUGAUGGUCUGUAGUGAUUAAAAAAUCUAAGUAGUAUAUAAAAUUUAAAUAGCAACUGUCCAGAAUUGAAUCACAUAUUGGGUCUGCCAGAUAGUAGCAGAUUCUUUGACAGUUCUCCAAACCAUACAUUUUUUUGGCAGCUUUUGGGUCCUCUUCAUUCAGAAACAGUAUCAUAUGAAAAUGAGACCUCAUACAAUCACGUGGAGUUCAUUCAAACCAUCUGUGUUCAUUGACAGGAAGACAAUUUUCAUGACAUUAUUUACAGGAGGUUACAGUUUCUUGAGAUUUUUUGUUAUGAGCUAAUAAAAACAGUAAUGGAAUUUUAAAAAUUUAUGCUGUCUGGGCAACAACAGAUUUUCUUCCCCUCCUUUUUCCCCUUUCUUUGUACCUAUCUUAUAGUAAACAGCAGUCUGUGAAAAGGGUUCUCAAAUAUCUUGAAACAAAUUGCAAGCUUCAUUCAGGGCUAAAACUGGCUUACUAGCUUGAAUAUUGUGCAUGUGAAUAGUGUAUUAUCUCCAAUAGAGCAGUAGCAUUCUGUAGUUGUAGGAAACUGAUGCAUUGCAAAUUAUUACUUUACACGUUGUGUUAAGAUACUUAUGGAGCACAGUCCUAUAUGGCCUUACCUGUCAGCACUCUCCAUCCCCCUCUCCCCCUCUUUUCCUCCCUCUCCCCCAGUGAUCAAUAUUCUGUCUCCUCCCUCCUUACUCUCACUUCUUGCAUUGAGCUCAUCUUCUUUAUUAACCUAUCUUUUCAGUCUGCACCAACAUCUUUUAAAGUUCUCAGGAGUAUGCUACAAUUCACUGUCAGAUACCUUCUCCUGGUCGAUAAAACAAUUUGUCCCUCCUUGUUCAUUUCCCAUUCUUUCUCCAAUCAUCCUCCGACAACAUGUGGCAUCUCUAGUUCCUUUGCCCUUUCUUAACCUGAAAUGGUCUUACCAAGUAUGUUCCUCAAUUUUCAUUCAAAUUUUCCUCAGUAUCAAAUUCAUUACAACCUUUGUAAUAUUAUAGAUGUAAUUGUAUUGUGGUACAAUAGCGUCCAUUUUCCAGUGAACCAGUAUUCUGUUUACAAAAGCAUUUCGAACUUUCUGUGCCCAUCCUGUUUAUUUCCAACGUCCUGAAAGUGCCCCUGUUUUCUGGAUUCCUUCUUUUCAUCUGUGCUAUACGAUCUAAAAAUGGCAUUAAUUAGUCUGUUUCCAGUAUUCAGACUGAUCUCUGAUAAGAACUGUGUAUUGUUUUCUUGUUCCUGUUUCUAUUGCUAUAUAAUUAUUUACAUGCUACUGCGGCACAAGAUGUGUGUGUUAAACGCUAUUCCAACAAAGCUUCUGAUAGCCAAUCUGUGAGUGAAGAAUUGAAGGGAGUAUUGAAGACUCUCAUUAUUCCUUAAAACACCAGAAAAUUAUUUAUUUCUUGUUGUGAUAUAAUUGUAUGUAAAUUGUGCCUUGUACACACGAAUGAUUUCAUGUACAACUGUUGUAUCUUUCUGUUGUCCAUAACCUGGAUUUUAUUUCCAACUUCUGAUAUCAUCCAUGAAAUUAACAAAAAAAUUUCCUUUCAAGUGUUCUGUAGGCAGUCCUAUUUUUUAAAAUUACAUAUUUGAACCAGAAAGUGAAUAUGUAGCAUCACAAGAGAAGUAGACUUAAAAAAAUUGAAGUUCGCCUUACAGUUGAAGUGUUGAGUAGUCAUUAGAUACAUACAAAAAUCACAAAUGUUGCUAAACUGUUUGACAGCAACCUUUCUCAGAGCUAAUAAAUGCAGAACCGACACUCACACACUUCACUUCAUUCAUUCACUUGGGCUAUUUCCCAGCCGACUUGAUUGUACUGGAGCUGUGACUCGACCAGGCUGUGUUGGUAAAAUGCGGUUGGCCAGAAUAAUGUAAUAUAAUGUGUGUGUGCGGUGUGUGUGUGUGGGG